AUGAGUGAUACGACACCGCUAGCUCAUCGCACGUUGGGCGAUGAGUCGACAUUCGAUCAAAGUAUUGGGGAUACCACAUCGAAUGUAUCGCUUUUUCACAAAGGUGACGACUCCCUGCUGAGCAAUGUGCUGCUGGGCCAUAAUGAUGCAGCAUCAACAUUGCAGGCACUUCGCACGUCCCAAACGGAGGGCGAGAGCGAGUCCGUCGCUCAAAUUCAAGCUCAAUUAAACCAACUACAAAAACUUAAUGAUGUCUUUGAAUCGUACGAGCAGGCUCUGACAGGGAGCCUUGGCCAAAUGGAGACCUUCUCGCAAAAGAUCCGUGAGACAGAUGCCUUGCUAGAUACCUACUUGAACUUAUUGACUCAAGCAGAACGUCGCCGCAUGCAACUAGCAGAUCAGCAAUGGCAAGGGACUACCAAGGAAGCUGAAAUGCUUGCUGUGCAGAAAGAAGAGGAACAGCGAAAAGCUGCUGCUGCUGCUCUUAAAGCAUCAAGGACAACAGGAAUGACUGCGUCGCGCUCGGAUCGCCUUCAUGCGUCUACAACGCGACACUCUGCCUUGCCAACACGCACGGGAGGACACACACGCACCACGCGUGCACAAGCACCCACAACAUCAGCGCGUACGACGUCUGCAACGGGACGUACAGCGACAGGACCUCGUGUUGGUACGAGUACGCCCCAAGCAGAAAACCGAAGAGCCCCUACAAGACCCGGUUCUGGUAUCCCUGUUCGUGGACACCCGGCACGUUAA